CACCCUUUGUAGACUCCCUCUCUCUUUCCCUCUACCCCCCUUCCCUUCAGUUUCCCGGCUCAACUCAAGCCCUCAAAACCCGUCAACCAGCAACUCUCCCGUCCCGUGGUCGUGCGUGAAUUCUUGAUUGUGUUGAACAAAAACAUUCAAAAAUGGUUUCCCUUAAUCCAGUUCGAGUUCUUAAACAUGAAGCGGAAGAAGAGAGGGGAGAGAUGGCGCGAAUGUCAUCAAUUAUUGGUGCCAUUGCGAUUGGUGAUCUGGUCAAAAGCACCCUAGGCCCCAAAGGCAUGGACAAAAUAUUGGUGGCUAUGGGUCGUAAUGAAGGACAGGUGGAGAUCACCAAUGAUGGUGCUACCAUCUUGAGGUCUCUUGGAAUUGACAACCCGGCCGCAAAAAUCCUUGUAGACAUGUCGAGAGUCCAAGAUGAUGAAGUGGGUGAUGGUACCACCUCUGUCACUGUGUUCGCAUCUGAGCUCUUGAGGGAAGCAGAAAAACUAAUUGACCAGAAAAUUCAUCCUCAAAUUAUUAUUGCUGGUUGGAGAGAUGCUACAAAUGUAGCCAGAGAGGCUCUUCAAAAUGCCAGUCUUGAUAACAGCCAAGACGCAGCCAAAUUCAAGGAAGACCUUCUGAAUAUUGCCAGGACUACUCUUAGCUCUAAAAUUUUGUCUCAGCAUAAGGAGCAUUUUGCUAAUCUUGCCGUAGAGGCUGUUUUACGUCUCAAGGGCUCUGGUUCGCUAUCUGCUAUUCAAAUUAUCAAGAAAUCAGGUGGUCGGCUUGAAGAUUCUUUCCUUGACGAAGGUUUUCUUCUGGACAAGAAACCUGGUCUUCACCAGCCAAAACGCAUUGAAAAUGCCAAGAUUCUAAUUGCUAACACACCUAUGGACACAGAUAAAAUCAAGGUGUUUGGCUCCCGUGUCCGUGUAGAUUCAAUGGCCAAAAUUGCAGAGCUGGAAGUUGCAGAGAAAGAAAAGAUGAAGGAUAAGGUUGCCAAAAUUCUCAAGCACAAUGCCAAUGUAUUCAUCAACAGGCAGUUGAUCUACAACUACCCAGAGCAGUUGUUUGCUGAUGCUGGUGUCAUGGCUAUUGAACAUGCUGAUUUUGAUGGAAUUGAACGUUUAGCUUUAGUAACUGGUGGUGAAAUUGUGUCUACUUUUGAUAAUCCUGAUCUUGUCAAGCUUGGCCACUGUGAUCUAAUUGAACAGAUCAUGAUUGGUGAAGACACUCUGUUACGCUUCUCAGGAGUCAAGCUUGGAGAAGCUUGUUCAAUUGUUAUUCGUGGUGCUACACAACAAAUCCUAGAUGAAGCUGACAGAUCUCUGCAUGAUGCUCUAUGUGUACUAGCAGCUACUGUGAGAGAGUCACGCAUUGUUCUUGGUGGAGGUUGCAGUGAAAUGCUCAUGGCCGGUGCUGUGAAUGCUGCUGCUGCCAAGACACCUGGAAAGGAAGCUGUUGCUAUGGAGGCAUUUGCGCGUGCACUUGCCCAACUACCAACAACAAUUGCUGAUAAUGCAGGGUAUGACUCUGCUCAGCUGGUUAGUGAACUUCGUGCUGCACACAGUCAAGGGAAAAGCACCAUGGGUCUGGAUAUGGAUAAUGGCCGCAUUGGGUGUAUGAGACAGUUGGGUAUUACAGAAUCAUUUGUGGUGAAGAGGCAGGUUCUGAUGUCUGCAUCUGAAGCAGCUGAGGUGAUUCUGAGAGUGGACAAUAUCAUCAAGGCAGCACCAAGGAAACGAGUUCAAGACCGUGGUCACUGCUGAUUGUUUUUGUUAUACUUUCAAUUCUUUCAACUGCAGGCAUUAAUUCAUUCAUGCAUUUAGGUUUCUUAUUGUUCAUGAUAUGUGCCUUAUAUCAAUCUGGACUUUUAAAAUUUGUAUCAAUGAAAUAUCUCAAACCUUAUUUAUUGGACUUGUCCUGACAAUUUUCACCAGCACCACCUAGUGUUUUUAAGUUAUGAUUGUAAGACAAUUAAUUUGAUUCUUCAAAUCAUAUGCACUAAUCAUGCUUUUGUUUUCUUCCAUCUCAUGUGUCUGUUAUUCCCAGUGAGACCUCUACUUAACCCUCACCCAUUUGAGGUGACCUAUUUUUAUUAAUAUGUUAACACACUGUAUUUUGCUGCAUCUGUUAAACGAAGUAUUUAGUGGAGUUUCAUAAGAAUAUAGCUUUUCUUCUACAAA